UGUGUUUUGGCGCAACGCGGAAGUCGUGACAACUGUCCACCCCUAACCGUUAAUGUGUCGUUUAAUUUCUAACUUUGUCAGAGAACAGAUUAUAGCUGAUUAAUUUAACAUAUAUGAUAAUUUUUUUUUGUCUUUUAGCCGUUUGGAGCCUUUAACGGCUGGUCGCGUUCAGGAGUUAAACAGGAAGUUCAGCUAAACCACUUCCCAACGGAUUGUCAUGAAUUCACCUCGCGUUUUUUUUUUAAAAAUAAGAAUAGUUUAAAUUGUUUUUUUCUGGAUUAGACUUUGGCCUUAAAUGGACGAGCACAAGGAGAAUAUUCACGGCAAGGAUGUGAAUGUGAAGAUGUCUAACGCAAGAGAAGACGAGAAGGAAACACCUUGCGGCAGAAUAUGUCCCGCCGGAGAAUCUGCGCCUCAGGUGUCCUCGUCCAACGAGUCCAACGGCGACUUCAGUCACCCCGUGUACAAAGAGAUAGCCUUGGCCAACGGACACAUCAACCGCAUGUCAAAGGAGGAGCUUCGGAUCAAACUGUCGGAGCUGAAGCUCGACACGAGAGGAGUGAAGGAUGUGAUGAAGAAGAGGUUGAAGAGCCACUACAAGAAGCAUAAGCUGAUGCAGACUGCGGCAGAGGGAGGCCCCACCGACACCUACUACGACUACAUCUGUGUGGUGGACUUUGAAGCGACGUGUGAGGAGGAUAACCCACCCGACUUCCAUCACGAGAUCAUCGAGUUCCCCAUGGUUCUCAUCAACACGCACACCUUAGAGAUCGUGGACAGUUUUCAGGAAUACGUGAAACCGGAGCUGAACCCUCAGCUUUCAGACUUCUGCGUGAAGCUGACAGGAAUAACACAGAAAAUGGUGGACGAAGCAGACCCGUUCCCAGACGUCCUUCGGAGAGUUGUGGCUUGGCUUCAGGAGCGGGAGCUGGGAACAAAAUACAAAUACACCAUCCUGACUGAUGGAGCGUGGGAUAUGAGCAAGUUCCUCAACAUCCAGUGUCGGAUCAGUCGGAUCAGAUACCCUCAGUUUGCUAAGAAGUGGAUUAAUAUAAGGAAGUCAUAUGGAAACUUCUACAAGGUUCCCCGCAAUCAGACCAAGCUGAGCACCAUGCUGGAAAACCUGGGCCUCAAGUACGAAGGCCGCCCUCACUCCGGCCUCGACGACUCGCGCAACAUCGCCAAGAUAGCUCUCCGCAUGCUGCAGGACGGCUGCCAGCUGCGCGUCAACGAGCGAAUGCACGCCGGCCAGCUGCUGUCGGUUCCCAGCUCGGGCCCCGUGGAAGGAGCCCCGCCGCCGUUCAACCCCGGCACCAGACACUAGAGCCUCAAACGCAAACUUGUGCACAUCUGUCUUUACCCCAGACUUACAGGAGGAGAAUAAAACACUUUUAUUGUGGCUUGCAGCUGUAAAUGAAACGGGGUCAAACGUUUUGAUUUAAGAUUGUGCAGGUCUUUGACUUUAUGUGAAAGUCCCUCUCCGACCAUUUAUUUUUACACCAGAUGUUUAAAAACAGAGAAUUCCUGUGUCACGAGAGGAUUUUCACGAACGGUGUCGUUGUGUUAAACCUGCCUCACCAUGCCUUAUUGAGCUGCUGAGCUGCACCCGUGAUGGUGCAAAAUUCAGUUUUUUGGUUCAGGUGUUGCCCCCGAGAACUAAUAAUUUUACAAAGAAUAAAUGUGCAGCUUCACACAAAACAUCAGUGUCAACGUUUCCCUUUAAAAGUCUGACUGAGUAUGACUACUGUUCUAUUGUAAACAGAAAAAAAAGCUGCUGCUAUUGCUGUGCUGUUUUAAGUGCUACGUUAAAAAAAAAAAACCCAGCCAUGACAUCAAAGUAUUUGUCGCCUGUUCAGUGAGUUGAAAGUUUUUCUGAGGUCUGUGUUGUUUCAGACUCUGUGAUCCUAUUAGCUCCAUGAGUAAUAGUCAUUACAAAUUCAUAUAAAGUGCAGAUGAUCGGCGGGAAUUAAAAUUUGAUGUAAGCACCGUACGAGUUGAGUCUGUUGAGAUGUCGUGUCCUCUUAUGUGCGGAUGCUGAAUUCAUUUUUAUUCAUGGAGGUCCAUCUCUUAACAAGAAAAAAUAUUCUUCUGAAUGCAAAAUAAUAUAAAUAAAACAUGUUCUCUGUUGUUUUUUGUAAA